CAUGAGCUUGUUGGCUUUGUUUGUUUAGAGCGAGACCAAAAUGAACUCCACUCUGAACCGGCGGCUCGCUCAAACGAGUACAGGUGUCGCCCUGCUGCCAUGCCCCCGUCUUCAUAGACUACAAACAGUGUCUCACUCGCCAAUUCAGGCAGCGGCGCCAUGCCCUGCUCGCGCGGCGGAGCAGCUCCCGUCGCUGACUUCGUCUCGAGCAGUCGCGGCUGCGGCAGGACGGCAAGCGGAAGCCGCCUCAGCAACAAAUGACCGGAAACGGACACGCCUUGCUGCGGAUAAGUCGCCGGAGCUCAUCGACCCGCAGCUGCUGGCGCCAAUCCCCAUGCCCACCGAGUACCAGCAGACCCUGUGGGCCUCCUUCACCAUAGCCGGUGUGGGCCUGCACUCCGGCGAGUACGCCGUGGUGCGUGUGCGGCCGGCGUUCGCGGGCGAGGGGCGCUACUUCGUGCGUGUGCCGGAGGGCACCAACGCGGCGCGCGGCGAGGAGUCGCUGGUCCGCAUGCUGGAGGCGGGCGCGGGCAAGCAGCCCGAGGAGGAGGAGGCCAUGGACGACACGGCCACGCGUGAGUACAAGCGCGAGCUCAUUGCCGCGUACCAGGAGUACGUGGACGCGCAGGAGGACGACGGCUUCAACGGCACCUUCGCCGACUACAUGAACGGCAAGUCCUACGUGGCGCUGCUGCAGCGCCUGCGCGAGGAGGGCCCGCCGCGCUUCUCCUUCAGCGAGGCCGAGGCGCCGCAGCCGCGCGGCGAGGACGAGCCGUACGUGGAGGCGGCGUUGGCGAACAUCACGGAGCCAAACCCCUUCACCACGGCCCUCGCUAAGGGCGAUGUGGAGGUGUUGGGCGUUGAGGCGCUGCUGUCGGCCCUGGAGGCGUGCGGCGUGGACAACGCCAGGAUCGAGAUCGAGGGCGGUGCCGAGGUGCCCGUCAUCGACGGCUCCGCGGGUGGCUGGGCCAGCCAGAUCCAGACGUCCGGCCUCACACACGCACUGCCGCGCGACGACCUGCCCGUGCCCGGCGGCGAGUUCCCGGCGCCCGCGGACGGCGAGGAGGCGGCGGCAGGGGACGCGGAGGCGCGCAAGCAGCGCGUGUGCAAGAUGGUGCUGCGGCCACAGGAGGUGGUGUCAGUGCAGCGCGGCGCCUCCUUCGUGACGCUGUACCCGGAGGACACCUUCCGCCUCACCGUGGGCCUGGACCGGCACCUGGAGGCGCCCGUCAUCGGCAAGCAGUGGUUCAGCUGGUGCAUGUUCGAGGACCUGCACUACAUGCACUCGCUGGCCGACGCUCGGUCGUGGGUGAGCUCGCCGCAGCAGGCCAUGGCCAUGCGCGACGCGGGCUGGCUGCUUGGCGGAACCGAGGGGGCCAUGCUCAUUGGCAAUGGCGACUCCUGGUACGACCACACCAUUGUCCGCCAUCCGCGGGACGAGCCGGCCCGCCACCAGAUGCAGGACCUCAUCGGCGAUCUGUCGCUGCUGGCCCGCCACGGCCACUCGGGCCUGCCGCUGGGCCACGUGGUGGCCUACGACGCCGACCACGAGCUGUUCGCGGCGUUCGUGGAGCGGCUGCAGGAGCUGACGACGGAGGAAGACUGGGUGCCCAUCCAGGACAUUGCGGGCCCCUCUGUGGCCACGGACUAUGAGGAGCUGCUGGGCAGCCUCCUGGAGGGCGACGAGGGCGAGGACGACGAGGGCGAGGGCGGAGAGGGCGCGCAGCUGGCGGACCAGGGCGCUGAGGAGGACGAGGAUGAGGUAUACGACGAGUAUGAAGAGGACGAGGGCGAGGGCGAGGAGUAUGACGAGUACGAGGAGGAGGGCGAGGAAGCGCCCGGCCCCGAGGCGGGCAGGGCCCGCCGGUGAACAGCGAGCAGCGGGACAGGUUUUGGGGGGUGGGGGAGUUGAAGGUGUUUGGCCAGCAUGUCGGUAAGGAGUAGGGUAAGACGGGCAGGAGAAUGUCGGGGGCAGCAGCGGGCCCAAAGGACCGGCGGCAAUGGAGAGGGGUUAGCGGGCACGUGUGCAUGCGUUGGGUACUUGUGCCCUGACUUAAGCCUGACGGGGUGCACGGCAGCUCGGGCAUUCAGGGAAUCAGGAACGCAUUGUGUUGGACAAAGGAGUCCAGGGCUGGAAUCUUAGCUGUGGAUAGGGAACGAUGGUUGUAAUCACGGAUGCACCCACACGGGGGGAGCACCGUGAAUGGCGAGUGUGGAUGCAAUGCGUGCAUGUGUGUGGUCGGACGAGUGGUUGGACAAGGGGGCAAAGAGGCAUGUGUAACACCUGUGGAGCCUGUGUAUGGCAUAGCCUGACAAAGUUCACUGGGCUAUACUCGGCACACCGGCGAAAGGAUGGAAUGGCCGCAUGGGUGCUCCAAAUUGCCAG